AUCUAAAUCUCAAAUCUAAUAAGUAUCUGAGGAGCAAAAGGAUAAUGAUCAUCCGAACAUUAUCUAUUUUUGCUUUCUUAGAACUGCUAAUGAUUGAAUCAGCAGGAGGACAGGCUCUGGCAAUGCCUGGUUGUCAAGAGUUUUGUGGGAAUGUCAGCAUUCCAUACCCCUUUGGAAUUGGAACAGAUUGCUACAUGAACAAAUGGUUUGAGGUCUCCUGCAAUGAAACUUCCACCCCUCCUACAACUUUACUAACCAGCAUAGAAAUUGAGGUGCUGUAUUUCUCUCUUGAUUCAAGCUUAAUUUGUUGCCGUCAAAAUGCCAAUAAUCUUCCGGAACUUGUCUACAGAGUUGAAAUCUGUGAAUUUCUCAGGAAGACCUUUCAUCUCCCCCUUGGGCUCCCCACUUGACACUGAGGAAUAUGUUACAGAUGUGUUUAACUGGGUGAUUAAUGAGGUGGAUGCAUCACGAUUACCAUACAAAUAUGAUCAUGCAUUUUAUUGUACCCAUUAUAAGAAUUAUAUCGUCCAUGGUUUUUCUUCCACUUUAAUGCCCCUAGACACAACUCGACAAUGUGUUUGUGAU